GCUCACAGGGACUUUCCAGACUCGGCUCCGACCUGAGAUCCCACCGGCCGACCACAAAGUUCAGCUGCAGCAUCUGGAGAGAAGAAAGACAUGAAGCCAGUCUCCCUGCUCCUGCUCCUCUCCUCGGUCCUCCUUUCAUCUCACCUCCGCCCCGCCGCCGGCAGACCGCGCAUCCUCCCCGGCUGGCUGGAUGACAGCGGUCGCCUCCAGACGCAGCAACUUGACGAUGUGCUCCUCAGAGCGGCCGCCGCCGGGGACAGCACCGCCUCAGACCUACUGGGCGACAACAUCCUGAGGUAUCUCCAAAAAAGAAACCUGGACCCUCUGCACCUGCUCACGCCAGAAGAGGAGACUGAAGCUGAGGCGAUGAGGACGGCGGCGCAGCUGUUGAAACGGAGCGAAGAGUCGCCGCUGUCCAUCGACCUCACCUUCCACCUGCUGAGGAAUAUGAUCCAGAUGGCCAAGAUGGAGAGCCAGAGGGAGCAGGCUCAGCUCAACCGCAAAGUUCUCGACGAGGUCGGGAAGUAAAGCUCUAUUUUUCUAAUUUAAAAAUGCCUCAUUAAAACAGCCGUCAGCGCUGUCUAAGUAUUCAAGACCUCUGACAUUAGUUGUUGUUUGUGCGCCUGCCUUUCUCUCCACAUCAUUUUACGCACAGAUGGUGCCAAUUUACGCAUCAAAGCAUUCGCGAGUAAAAUGUAAAUUAAAGAGUUAUUUAAAGACUUUGUUGGAAAAUAUGGAAAGAGACUUCUCAGACACCUCCCUCCCCUCAAUCCCCCUUCUGGCUUCACCCCCACCCUCACCCUCCUCACACAAACUCCUCUCCAAACUGGACUUUUGGAAGAGAGCCUGUCCUGGAUUUCACACCUUAACAUUUGGAAAGAUUUGCUUCGGAAAUCAUGAUUUGAUCAAAUGUUUUGAUGCUUGAAGUGAAAAUGACAGAUGACACAUUACCAAAAUAAAUGAAUCCAGUGGGCUUAAUAUUUGUUUUUGUUUUCAGCAAAUUGGGUGAUCUGAUUGUGUGGAACAUUGCAAUGAUGUUCAUGAAAUGUACCCACUUUACAGGCUACUUAUUAGCACCUGCAACUAAGCAAGUUUAAUGUAAGGUGCAUUAUGGGUGUUUGGCUUGUACCCACCACAAAACUGAAUUUAUGCUUUGUAUUAACUUUCAAAGAUAUUAGAAGUUAAUCAGUCAUCAGAUAACUUAAUGUGACAAGUGUCAAGUGGAUAUUUCUCCACAUUUUCCCACAUAAUGUAAUGGGAAGAAAAACUAGGGCAAACUUUGACCUCUAUCACAUCACAGAAAUCGUAACCUUUUUUUUGUUUGUUUUGUUUACCCCCCACUCCCUCAGAUUAGUUCAUGUAAACUGUAAUUUUGUACACUACUAAAGGGGUAACUAAAGCACAAAAGACCCUUCUCAGGAAGGGUUUCUUGACGACACCAAACAAUGUUCAAACCUUGUUUCUAAUUCUAUACAUAACCGGCCAAAUGAAGGUGGCAUUCGGCCAGUUGAAGCGAUGACUCAAGCCGCAGUUAGCCCGUAAUGAAUCCUUGAAAUAAUAUGAAUGAAAAUAAAAAACUACUAAAGAUCUGCAGACUGAAGUCAUGAGGCAGAAAACCUCAACCCCCCCCCCCCC